CUGCUACUGCCGCCGCCAGGCACGGGCAGCUCAAAAAUUUUGGGUUCGGCGAUAUCACUCGGCCAUCUCCAAGUUCAACCCUCCCAAACACCUCCAACGUCUCCUCUCCGCUCUAUCCCAUUCUAUUCGUCCCGGCUCUACUUUGUUUAAUACCCUCGGCUCAAAAUGUCGGCCGCCUUCAGAUCCGUCGCGCCGUUCCUGCGGACCGCGCGACACGGCCUCGGCCGGGUCAACCCCCUUCAGUCUGCCAUCAAGAAGCAGAACGCCUCGGGCAUCCUCAACAUCUACCGCACAUACGCCGUAUUUGAACGAUCAAAACCUCAUGUCAACAUCGGCACAAUUGGCCAUGUCGAUCACGGCAAGACCACUCUCUCCGCUGCCAUCACCAAGCGACAGGCCGAGAAGGGCUUCGCCAACUUCCUCGACUACGGCGCCAUCGACAAGGCCCCCGAGGAGCGCAAGCGUGGUAUCACCAUUUCGACUGCUCACAUCGAGUACUCGACUGAGAACCGCCACUACUCCCACGUCGACUGCCCGGGUCACGCCGAUUACAUCAAGAACAUGAUCACCGGUGCCGCCAACAUGGACGGCGCCAUUAUCGUCGUUGCCGCUUCCGACGGUCAGAUGCCCCAGACCCGUGAGCACUUGCUGCUGGCCCGCCAGGUCGGCGUCCAAAAGAUUGUCGUUUUCGUCAACAAGGUUGACGCCAUUGAUGACCCGGAAAUGCUUGAGCUCGUCGAGAUGGAGAUGCGGGAGCUCCUCACCACCUACGGCUUUGAGGGCGACGAGACACCCGUCAUCAUGGGCUCUGCCCUCAUGGCUCUCAACAACCAGAAGCCCGAGAUUGGCCAGAAGAAGAUUGACGAGCUGCUCGAGGCUGUUGACACUUGGAUCCCCACCCCCGAGCGUGACCUGGACAAGCCCUUCCUGAUGUCUGUCGAGGACGUGUUCUCCAUCUCUGGUCGCGGCACCGUUGUCUCGGGCCGCGUUGAGCGUGGUGUGCUCAAGCGUGACGAAGAAAUUGAGUUGGUCGGCAAGGGCAACGAGGUCAUCAAGACCAAGGUUACCGACAUCGAGACGUUCAAGAAGUCGUGCGAGCAGUCUCAGGCCGGUGACAACUCUGGCCUUCUCAUCCGCGGUAUCCGCCGCGAGGACGUCCGCCGCGGCAUGGUCGUCUGCAAGCCCAACACCGUCAAGUCCCACACCCAGUUCCUGGCCUCUCUCUACGUCCUCACCAAGGAGGAGGGUGGCCGCCACACCGGUUUCCACGAGCACUACCGCCCUCAGCUCUACCUCCGCACCUCGGAUGAGUCGGUUGACCUGACCUUCCCUGAGGGCACCGAGCCCGGCAAGAUGGUCAUGCCCGGCGACAAUGUCGAGAUGAUUGUCAGCAUGACGCACCCCAACGCCAUCGAGACUGGACAGCGCUUCAACAUCCGCGAGGGCGGCAAGACUGUGGCCACUGGCCUGGUCACUCGCAUUUUGAAGUAAGCGAGCCGGAAGGCGAAAGGGGUUGGAGCUUUGGGAAGGGUAAGAGAGACGGAAAACGAAACUCACCACGCAUUGACCCCGGACGGUCCGCAGCGCAACGCACGUCUACGACGGACUGAGUCCCAUGUUUCGAGUCAGGCUUGGCUCUUGUAUAUCACCCCGAGAUGGGUCCUGAGGAUCUCCACUCUGCUUCUCCCCAUUGUCUUGAUAUGUGUAAUUACUAGACGGACUGAGGUGAAGGCAGUAAUAGACAAUGCAGAAGCACUGCAUCCUCAACCUUAAUCAUGGUGGUGAUUGGAAUUUCCAUCCUACGUGUACGACACUGGGAUCGUCAUGACGCGCCUCAAACGCGCUUAGGAGAUGAAUCAGUCGGCAGGUCGCAUCGGUCAUACCCACAUUCUGCCCCGAGUUCCCAAGACGAGCAAUGGCAGAGACGUCACCGUCGGCGCUUCACAUCAGUAUGGCCCGACAAAGGGUAGGUCCAAUAUAAUUGGUAUUCGUCUAUCCUCGGAGGACGUUCGUCAGACGCACGAUCUUCCUCGAAAACCAAGCAAGCCAUAAACUCCGGU